UCAAGGACGAAAAUCUUAAAAAUCUGGUUUUCCUGGGGAGAGGAGCAGCCCAAUGUCCAGCUGAGCCUCCGCAGCCUCGAUGACUAUUUCUUGCCCGGGGAGUCCAGUCUCUAUCUACGUAGUCGCCGGCGCCACAAGAAAUCCGGCAGACAUAGAUCGCGGAACACCACCAGCUGCAGGUAUGUUGCCCGACGGGUGGUAGGUGUAAAUGAGCCGCUAAUAAAGCUGGGGAAGUUCAGUUUUGGAAACCUUGCAGUUUAUAACUCACUGUUUGGUCAAGAAAAGCGCAUCGCAGUAGGGGAGGUAAGGCGACGCAUGCACAAUGUGGGAGGUAAGGCGACAAAUACACAAUGUGGGAGGUAAGGCGACAAAAUCACAAUGUGGGAGGUACGGCGAAAUCAUUUUGUAGUAGACUAGACAUGUCCUGUUUCUCAUCGCAGAUGCCACAACAAACGAGGCUGUGUGGCGUGUAGCAGGCUUCGGUCCCUGGAAGAGGUGGUCAAACUUGUUGUGAGUCAGGAGAGGAAGAUACAGGACAUUGGAGACAGGAUCUAUGACACAGAUCGGCUCAUCGACAGACACGAGUCAAGGGUAGGUCACACCUUUUUACGCCUGAAUGAAACUAUCGACUCAUGUAUCUUUAAAUACAUACUCGAAUUAAUUUCGUCGAUAUUUGAUACUGACCCUAAAUGUCCAACUCCUGGCCCACAGAUUCAUAACCACCGUGUCCAACAGAACGGCCAGGACUACGUACAAAACUCCUACCUCAACAGCCACAGCAGCGAGAGCAGCAGCAGCCUGGACUGCUCGUCUUUCAGCAGCCUUGACCUUAAAGACCUCAGCGCCGUCUUCCGAGAAUCCACGUUGCAGGAAUUGGAAGAAAUUUCCCGUCUGUGUGAUGACCUCGCACACGUGGAGCGGAGGUUGGGAGAAGAGCAGACCAAAAUUAAAGAGAUGACCCCGGAAAUAGAACAUUUGGCGGAG